AUGGCGGCGGAUAGAAAAGGGCCUGCGCCUGAGUGAGUGACUGGAUAUCGGUCUGCGACGCGCAACGGUCCCGGUGUGUGCUCCUUCCGUGCGCGUUCUGCUGGACGCUGUUCGAGCACGCUCGAGCACGCAAUGUCGUUCACGCCGUCGUCUGCAGCGAUAGCGUUCGGAGACGCAUAGCACUUUCGGUGUCGUCUGCAACUUCCUUCUGCCGAAGCACUUCGCCAUCUGCUGCUGCUGCUGUGGCGCUAGAAUUCUCGCAUUUCGUGCACGUGUGAAGCGUGAACUUGCUAAAACUCCACUGGUUUCCUGUGGCGUCACUUUGUAUCCACGUGCAUCGGCCGGGAUCACUUUUGGGCAGGACUUCGCCAAACUGUCGCUGCAAUUGAACACCUAACUCUCCGCGGGGACACCUCUGAAAAAGUGUCCGGCUAGUCGUCUAGUCCGGCAGGUGCCGACCUCGUCGUCGUCCUCGUCACUGGUAGCCAGGCUCACCAGCGGCCGGGAAUCGCCAUGCCGAGCACGGGCCAGGUACCGUCGCUGUCGGCGCUCCAGCCCCCGCACGAAGACGCGCACAACAACCACCACCACCACCCGGCCAAGGACCAGUACCGGGUGGUGGUACUGGGAGCCGCACGAGUGGGCAAGACGGCCAUCGUGCACCAGUUCCUGUACGACGAGUUCCCCGUCGACUACUUCGCCACCGUCGAAGAGUUCCACACGGGAGAAUACGAGCUGAACGGUGCCUCGCUCACGCUAGACAUCGUGGAUACGAGUGGCAGUUACCCGUUCCCUGCCAUGAGGCGGCUGGCCAUAACCACGGCCGACGCAUUUGUGCUCGUCUACGCCAUCGACGACCCGGAGUCGUUCGAAGAGGCGCGCCGCAUCCACGACCAGAUCGUCGAGCUGCGGUCUGCCAAGGCCCCCGUGGUCGUGGUUGGCAAUAAGUGUGACCUGCCUGCUGCGAUGCGCCGCGUCAGGCGAGAGGUGGCCGAGACCAUCAUCUCCAUCGACUGGGAGCACGGGUUCAUCGAGUCCUCUGCCAAGGAGAACAUCAACGUGUUGGGAAUCUUCAAGGAACUCCUGGUCCAGGCCAAGAUCCCGUACGACCUGAACCCGGCCGCCGUGAACAAGAGGCGUCGCUCGCUACCCGUCUACCCGACCAGUCCGACCAUCAAGGACAAGACGCUGCUCAAGAGGAACAGCUGUGCGGUGUCAUAGCUACGUGGAGGUCGUCGCUAGUGGUCCUUUGCGUGAACUAAAGUUCAGGACUUGCGGUUGUCUGCAGUGCCAGUGACUGCGAUGUUUCGCUGCCAGCUCAGUUCUUCAAAACUACAUAAAUUCGCAAUGAAACGAACACCUGCAUUUGUGUGGUUAGCGCCGGAGUGCUUUGCCCAGGACAAACACCGAUGGACUACUGUCCGGCUUCAGGAGACUCCUAGCUCGCUAAAAACGAGGUCAUAGCAAAACCUUGAACUCAGGAGACCGUAGGUCGCACAAGAGGUAGGAACUGUUGCGCCCCCUGCAAUACAAUAGUCUACCAAAGACGGUCAGAGCAAGCAUUCAGCUUGUACCGGCGUCGUCGGUUCGAAUCCGCAGCCUAUGGAAAGCCAGAGGGAAAAAGAAGGCUCAAUUCAUGAAGAAUGGCGGCUGUGCAUCGCCAAGAUGGCUGGUCUCUGCAGUCGAUUAGGGCGCUAAAGUUCUAUAUGCGGCACUUUUCGGCCCAGUGAUCUGGAGCAGGCUGGGAUCCUUAACUCAUGUUUCCCGAUGACAUGACUAACAUAAACUAUGGGGUGGUUAGAGUAACUCGCCGCCCAAGUCUACGCCUUUUACCAGGUCUGACCACGGUAAUUGUUUGAGCGUGGCGGAUGACAAGGUAAUCGCAUGCAUCUACUUUGUUCCGAGCAAUCACACUGUGAUGGACUUUCACUCGAGAAAGUCGACGUUACAAGUUUCUUGUGAUCGCAACGUACGAAGCUCAGCGUAAACGAAGAGCAAGCACCCUACCACCAGCAUGGUAUAACAGAUCGCGCGAUGACUGCGACGCAACCCUGACGUGGGAUCCAGCAGUGACUUUUCACGAACACUGACACGUCCUGUUUGCCCUAGUGCCCUCUCGUGUCCGGAACAUUCUAAACCAGAGGACCCUCGCACUGCGCUUGUGCUCAAGAUUAUGAACUGUCCAAUUUGGAACGAGAACAGACUUGAGACCACUGUCUAGUCAGCUUCUGUUCCUUAGGGCUGUUGCACCUUGUCGAAAUGAAUUUCAGCAUUUCUGACGUUGCUUACUCUGUCCGAACACUUGAAUUUCCACUUAGACGUCGUCUGACGCAGGCAUAACAAAAUUUACCAGUGCGCGUAAGGAAUGAAAAGCCGUAUUCCUAAUGGAUGUCCGAUGACGCAGCACGGACCAAUCUUGAGAUUCGUCUCGACGCCGGAGCUAGUUACCCAUGAUAUGUCGAAGGCGAGAUAGAGCGGUAGUAAAUGUAGACGAUGAGAGGCCAAUCAGAGGUGGCAGUUUUAAUGCAGAACCAUUCUACCGGUUUAACGUAUGACUCAUUUGAGCACACAGGCUGGACGAAUCUCAUCAGCCAGGAAAGCUGUGUUUGGAGCAUUGGCUUUAGUACGAACAUUCAAGUGCUCGUGUUAGCUUAGGAAUUUGGUACGAACGUAUGUCCGAAAAGACAACUAAAUGCAAUUAUCCGCGAAAGAUUUCUCUUCACAUGUGUAUGUAGCUUAGUGCUGAACAUGGCUUAGCCUCAUUUUCGCAAUGUUUUGUUUUCGUUCGCCAAUACUUCUGCGCUUGUCGAAGUUAUUUACACCCUUUAUUUAAUGCCAGCAACGCGAUCUCCCCCCUAACAAGCAUACCAUUUAUCGUACUUAUCCUCAUAUAGAGGUAGAAUGAAAGGUAUUACGUACUUUUCUAAAUGAAUCUGACGUUACAUUCUUCAGGGCUUAGCAGAACUGGUGCCCGCAGUCACAUUUCCUAGGGUCAUACAUUGAGGAAGCUCCUAGCCUAGCCGUAUAACCGUUCCAUUUGUGCAAUAUAUGCAUGACCAAUACUCGAAGAACUAACCUUACCAAAUAACUAACGUUGGCAUUUUUCUACCACGCCCAUUAAGCGCAGUCUUCUGCUCGUGUAUAAUCACCCGCUUCGCUUUUGUUUCCGAAUGAUUUCUUGUCCGCAUGUGCAAGCAACGUAAAGAAGUUACGACCACGAGCUUUUGUCCAUGGAAGCCCUAGAAAGCGCCAGCACCUAAUUCUUCACCCAUACAGCCUCCAUGAAACUAUACUUAUCAAUGACGAUUCAUCUUAUGAAUUUUGAGACAAAGCCAUUGCAGUCAUGGGCUUUUUAAAUACUUUUCAUUCUGAGUGAAAUCAGGGUAAUUAAAACCUCAGCUACGCACCCUCCAACUCAUCGUACCACAUUUGUCGUAGUUAAGAAGAAUGACGGGAAGGAAAACACCAGUUGCGCCGAGGAAUUAGGGACUCUCGUCCAGUCGGUAUCUCAAAACUUGGCUAUUCCACUGCCGAUGGCUGACAUCCAACACUGUUUGUUCGUUGGACACCUGGGAAUAAGUGCUGCUUCAUUGGCGGAUGUGUACAAUGCCAGCUUGAGAAGCCUUUUGCAGGAGUUGCUGCACAUACUGAUGCCAAACGAAACCGACAACGCUUUCACAACGUGCCUACGCGAAGUGCUUUGUCUCUCUUUUUAUUUUUAUUUCUCUGACCUCAUUGCUUUGCCCAGUCGCACUUAAACCCGAACCACAGCUCGUGUUCUAAAUAUAGAAGGAAGGUGAAUAAUUGAUCGAUUGAUUGAAUGCUUGGGUUUUUCAUACCAAAGCAACACUGAUGUCGUCACUGGUGUCACCGGCAAGGUCUCUGGAAAAAGUUUUGACCACCUGCCACUCGCAGACGAGCAUGUGAACCUACGUAUUCGAGAUUUGAUUUGCAUUCAUCCUCAAAUGAAAUCCGGGCUCCGCCACCUGGACACGAAUUAGUGACUUCGUGCACAGCUGGAAAACGUGAUAGCUACUUGGACACCACGAGGUGGACUAUCAUGGUGGUGUCCAAUCCCUGGAACUAACUGGAAUCUUAAGUUUCCAAAUCGAGUUCGAAAGAUGAUUCGGUUCCUAAAUCGAUAAAACAUUUCUUGGUGUCAUAAAAGUCUGUACGAGUAUAUUCGCAGUAUGAAUACAAAGCAUGACAAACUCGUCAAUAGUCACUACCCGGCUAAGGCCUUGAAAAAAAAAAAGAUCGCAGUAUCAAUAAAUCAAAACAAAAAUACAAUGGGAAGGUAAGCAAUCAGAAUCGCACUGGCAUUAUAAAAGAAGAGAGUGAAGACAGGGAUGUUAACGCGAAAAGCGUUUGGUUUGCUGCUGGAAGGGUAAAGGGGUGUAGAAAGAAGCAUUUAGGAAGAAAGUACUCGCCAACAGCCCUGAGACGGAAUCAUUCGGGCACCGAGAAAUUGUGAGGUCACCUAAACGUUGUUCUGAUAAAAGAUUUAUAUCUUACAUGUUCUACCGCAGCUCACAAGGCGAGUGAAAUGCAUUGAAGGUGGUACAACAACAAACAAGGACACUUUUCCCUAAACUAUUUUGAUGAGAAUGUGAUGAGGUUCGAGCUUUAGGUGUGACAGAGGCUCCCACCCAGCUAAGUAUUAUCCGUAUGCAGUCUUCGGAAUUGUGGCGUAAAUCAGUGAUGUGAUGUUUGUGCCAAUAGUGAUGUAUACGAACUCUUUGACAAAACUCCCGAUGCAACUCCUGUGUUUUUGACAGUGAAAUGAUCGCCAUGUAUCGAGCUUUGAAUGUGAUUUUCUGGCAUUUUCUUUUCUGUCUGUAAAUGUUUGACGUUGUGUCGUUAAGCGUCAUUUCUUCUGAAAAUCUACCGUUUCCGUAUAUCUUAUCUGUAGGCUGUGAACGUGCACGUGAAGCUCUUUAGCCACACCAGUUGCAAAAAUUUCAAUAGCACAGUGAGCGUGCUCCUAACCAAUUUUACGCUUUGAGCCAAAAUACAUGCGAACGAUGUUAACGAGGAACCGGUAGAACGAGUGCCGAACGGAAGUAAUGGCAUACUUCAUUUUUCUGUUCGUUUGAACAGAUGAGGUGGCAAGCAAUGCAGAUGAUUUUUAGGCCGAUCAACAUGUAUGACUCAUCCAACCGAGAAAUUGGUAGAAAAUUUUGCAAUUGGUGAGCUUGAAGAGCACUAUUCGUGAUUUCUUGUCUAUCAGGAUUGGUUGUUAUCGAAGUACGAUGACCUGUGUUCCUUCGUGCUGUAAAUUGCGAAGUUUUCAUAAGACUUCGACGAAAUUUUGACCCCGCAUGGCACCAAAUACGAUUGCGAAGCUUCGUCUGUUGGUUAAAGUAUCUUGGCACAUACGCGUAGCUGCGGCUUAAUCACAUGAUGGAAAACGUUUUCCAAGUAAUAGAGAGGUGUUAGUAGAUGGAGGCUCAUGUGACAAUCUCAAAGCUUGAUCAUGAAUACAAAAGGAGGAGAAACGUCUAAUGGGAAAGAUACAUCGAUGACAUGUGAGGCUGAAUAGCCAAGGGCUGACGAAUAGCGCCCUGGAAAGCGUGACGUAAGAAUCCUGAAGCGUAGUAAUCAAAAUAAAAUAAAAUUUAAGAGCAAA